AUGAAAGAGUUAAUAGAUCAAGUAAAGAAAUUAUCUACAGAGGUUACUCAUUUGAGGAACCAGAACAAUCAACUCUAUAGUAUGCAUAGAAAUUAUCAAGGUGGUAAUCAAAACAACAAUCAGGGUUACCAAAGUAACAAUCAGAAUUAUCAGAACAACAAUCAGAAUAACCAGGGAUAUCGUGGCAAUAAUCAAAAUUAUCAAAAGAGAACGUGGAAUACUGCGCCCAACAAUGGAAAUAUGUCGUCACCCCUAGAGAAUCCACCUGCUUCAGAAAGUCGACCGGCUGACAGAGUCUUCCUUGCGGAGGCUGCCUUAUCAAAUUGGUGCAGAUUACACAACACUAGUCAGCAUUCAGAGUUGCAUUGUCUCGAAUUCAAGGUCGCUGCUGAUAUUUUCCAGUAG